AUGAGUUUUUUUGGAAGUCUUAGUAAAAAAGCUGUUGAAAAAGUCUACGAUCUUGCAUCAAAAGUUGAAGGUGGUCGAGAUUAUUUAACUUCAGCUACUAAUACAGUCAAUACAUUAGUUAAAGGCAGAGAUCCACGUGUUCAUUUAAAACAUGGUAAUAUAAUUCAAUUAUUUUCUCGAUCAUCUGGUCGUACAAUACAAAUUGUAAUGUCAAAAACAAAUCAACUAAUAUGUAAUGCUAUAGGUGGUACUGGUUCAUAUUAUUCAAAUGCUUGUUGGAUGGUUAUACCAACUCAAAAUGAUCGUUAUUAUUUUCAUAAUAAUUAUAAUUAUCUUGCUAUUAAAUAUGGUCAAAUUGUCAUUAUACCAUUAUCAAUGCAUCAAUAUCCUCCUCCUGAAGCUGAAUUUCGUGUACAAGAUGUUUUAGGUUCAGCACAUGCUGUUUAUUUAGAAUCUGUACGAACACCUGGAUGUUUUAUUGGUUUUAAUUGGGAUGGCGAACCUUGUAAUGAAAUAAAAAUAGAAACAAGAGAAAAAUUUGCUCAACUUGAAAUUCAUCUUAUUGCUGAUGGAUCUGGUGGUAUUCAACCUGAACUUAUUAAUACAAGAGUUGAAACAUUUGAUACAUCAGCACCUCCAUCAUAUUGGGAAGCAACUAAUGGUAAAAUUAUGAAACGUUCAAUAGUGAUAAAUAAUUCAAAUGAUAAUAAGAAAAUAAAUGAAUAUCAUAAACAACAACGAAAACGUUCAUUAGAAGAUUCAAAUUUAAUGAUGAAAUUAAAAAAACGUCGACAUCUUUCACCACAAUAUGAUAAUAAUAUCACUUCGUCAUCUAUGAAAAUCAAAACAAAACAACGAUCUUCAUUAAAUAAUUUAACUGUUAGAACGAAAAAUACUAGUCAAACAUCUCGUAAAUCUUCAUCUCGUCGUUAUUUAUUUUCAACGGAACAUUUAAAUAAAAUUAAUUUACCUAAUUGGGAAUGUAUAUCACCAAAUAUUAAUCAAAUCUUAUCAGAUAAACAUACAAAAUCAGGUGUUUAUGCACAUGAAAUACAUCUUAUUCAACAAGAACUUGAAGCUCUUUUAUCUAUGUCUAUGAUACGUGAAAAUAUUCUUCAUUCAAUAAAUUUUGAUAAUUUAAAUUUAAAAAUUCAUCAACAUCAACAAGCUGAAUAUAUUUAUUCAUCUAAAUAUAUUCCAAAAAAAUUUUUACCACCAUUAAUUAAUCAUCAACAACAUCAACAUAAUGGUCCACAUAUAUUACUUGAUCGACAAGUAUCAAUGACAUCAAUAACAGAUGCACAUAUUGAUAAAAUUUGGUCUGAUAUAAAUACAUAUUAUCGUCAAAUAUCAUUAAAUGAUAUAUCGAUAAUUAAAAAUUUUCUUGAAUUUAAUCAACAAUUAAAAGAAAAAAUUUUUAAAUAUAAAAAUUAUUAUAAAAAUAAUAAAUUAACUCAAUUAAAUAUAAUUGAACAAUUAAAUAAAGAAAAUUUUCAAGAUUUAUUAAAUCUAACACAAAUUAAUCCUAUAAUUACACAUUAUAUAAAUCGAACAGCUCUAGAACGUUUUCAAACAAAAUUAUAUGAACAAGUACAACAUACAUCAUCUAUGAAUAAAAAUCAAUUUUCUACAAAAUCAUUAAAUUAUGAUUUUAAUUCUAAUUUAUCAUUACGAUGUUCACCACGUUUACAACCAAAUUAUCGAACAGAUCUUUUUUCUCUACCUAAUUUCAAAUCAGAUGAUGAUGAUGAUCAUCGACAAUCAUUAAUACUCAAACGCAAAAAGCAAACAAGAUUUACAUCGAUGAAUUCAUCUUUAUCAAUAAAAUUUCAAGAACAUAUUCAAUUAGUUCAUGAUUAUCUAACUGAUCAACAUUCAUUUACAAAUCAAUAUCUUAAACAACAAUUCAUUAAUGAUAUUAAAUUAAAUAAAAAACGAAAAACUUCAAUAAUAAAACAACAAUCUAAAGAUAUAUUUGAAUCAAAACUUUCAACAUUAAUAUCAUUAUUACAUGAAUGUUCAUCAUUAAGUUUAUAUGCAUUAAAACGUGCAAAUUUACAAUAUAAUAAUGAACAAACAUGGAAAAAAUUAAAUAAAAUUGAAUAUGAUCUUGAUUUAUUAAUACAAGAUAUUGAUAAAUCUAAUAAUAGUAAAAAUACAAAAAAAACAUUUCAAACAUUAGAUCAUUUAUUAAAAGAUUGGAAAAAAUAUGAAUAUGAUUUCGAUAAUCAAUUUGAACAAUUAUUUGAUAUUAAUAUUUAA